CUCCUUCGUCACCAUGGGGCUCGGCAAGAUAUCCAUCCGCGUCAACGGCGCCGACUGCGGCGCCGAGGCGAUCCUCCUCGGAGCCAUGACCUCCAUCGGCGGCUUCCUUUUCGGUUACGACACGGGUCAGAUCUCUGGCAUGCUGCUCUUCACCGACUUCGUCAACCGCUUUGCCCAGCAACAACCCGACGGCUCAAUGAGCUGGGACCCUAUUAUCAAGUCCCUCCUCGUCUCACUGAUGAGCAUUGGUACCCUCAUUGGUGCGCUCUCUGGCGCUUACACCGCGGACUGGUGGGGACGCCGCAAGAGCCUGACCUUUGGUGUCAUCAUCUUCAUCAUCGGCAACACCAUCCAAAUCACCGCCAUGAACUCGUGGAUCCAUAUGAUGAUGGGCCGCUUCGUUGCCGGUCUAGGUGUUGGCAACCUCUCGGUCGGUGUGCCAAUGUUCCAGUCUGAGUGUUCCCCUCGCGAGAUCCGCGGUGCUGUUGUCGCCUCCUACCAGCUCAUGAUCACCAUCGGCAUCCUGAUCGCCAACAUCAUCAACUACGGUGUUCGUGAAAUCCAAGAUGACAGUGCUUCUUGGCGCAUCGUCAUCGGUCUUGGUAUCGCCUUCUCUCUGCCUCUGGGCUUGGGUAUCCUUUUCGUACCGGAAUCUCCCCGCUUCCUGGCUGGCCGCGGCGACUGGGACGGCGCUCGAUCCUCCAUGGCCCGCCUUCGUGGCCUGAAGAAUGAUCCACACCAUGCCCUCGUCGAGAACGACUUUCAGGAGAUGUACGCCAUCGUCGAGAAGGAAUCCCGUGCCGGCGUCGGGUCUUGGCUCGAGUGCUUCACGGGCAGACCGUCAAACAUUCCCAAGCUGCGCUACCGCACGCUGCUCGGCUUUGCCAUCCACUUCCUCCAGCAGUGGACUGGUGUCAACUAUUUCUUCUACUAUGGCGCCACCAUUUUCGAGUCUGCUGGUAUCGAAGACCCCAUUCUCACCCAGCUGAUUCUCGGUGCCGUCAACGUGGCCAUGACCUUCCCCGGCCUGUACAUUGUUGAAAAGUUUGGUCGCCGCUGGCCUCUGUUCCUGGGAGCCCUGUGGCAGACUGCCUGGCUGGCAGUGUUUGCUGCAGUCGGUACCGCUGUUCCACCUGACACGAGCGCCACCACCGGUAUUGUUAUGAUUGUCUCUGCCUGCAUGUUCAUCGCGUCUUUUGCCAUGACCUGGGGACCUUUCGCCUGGGUCGUGAUUGGUGAAACAUUCCCUCUUCGCACGCGUGCGAAGCAGGCGUCACUCGCCACGGCUGGAAACUGGCUCGGAAAUUUCAUGCUCAGCUUCCUCACUCCUCUGGCCGACAGUGGCAUCAGCUACGCGUACGGCUUCGUGUUUGUUGGUACAAAUCUCACUGCAGCUCUGCUCGUAUGGUUCUUUCUAUACGAGUCUGUCGGCCUCAGUCUCGAGCACGUCGACAUGAUGUACAGCGACCCCAAGAUCGGCCCGAUGAGCUCGAGCAAGUGGGUUCCUGAAGGCUGGACCUCGCGCAAAGAGAAACGCCGCGAUUCGUUCAACAAUGGCUCCCCCAAUGGCCGUGCCAGCGACUCGACAGCAUUUGACGCUGAGGCGAAUUCGCAGGCCGUGGAGAAGAAUCAGCAAGAGAGCCCCUCGGCGCUGUUCCGCGAGAAUGCCUAGGCGAAUGCAAUGUAUGCGAUGAAACACGAUCGAUUUACCAUGGGUAUAUACUUCUAGGAGCAGUGCUCUUCUUGUAUACUAGCUUUGCAUCAGCGAAAUGCUAUUCUUGGAUACCACAUUU